UUCUCUGUCAAACUUCUGUGCGCUGCGCGCGUUGUCGCGGCACCAGCUGGCGGUGCGCGUGUUCACGCUGUAAAUCUGCGCUGCGCUCGGAGCGGCAGCAAAGAUCCGUCCGCGUGGAGCGGGACGCGCGCUCAACACUCUAAAGGGACUCUAUUUUCUGUUAAUGGAACGAACGGAUGGAUUUAUUCUCUUCAUUCUAGAGUGUCAAAUGGCCGAGUGCGGGACCAGGCGAUGACAAACACGACUGCCUUGGCUCUGGUAGGAGCCAGCAGCCCGGAGGAGUCACCAAAGCACCGAGCGCUCACCGGCUGCGUCCUGGCGGUCCUUAUCGUCUGGACGCUUUUCGGCAACUUCACGGUGUGCGUCGCCGUCUGUCGCUUCCGGCACCUGCGCGCCAAAGUCACUAACAUCUUCAUCGUAUCCCUGGCCCUGUCGGACCUUCUGGUUGCCGUGCUGGUUAUGCCGUGGAAAGCCGCGGCCGAAGUCGCCGGCUUCUGGCCGUUCGGUGAGUUCUGCAAGACCUGGCUGGCCUGCGACAUUAUGUGUUCCACUGCCUCCAUCCUCAACCUGUGCGUCAUCAGCGUGGAUCGAUACUGGGCCAUCUCCAGCCCGUUCCUCUACGAGAGGAGUAUGAACAAGAAGGUGGCGUCCGUGAUGAUUGGCGUGACGUGGACGGUCUCCGUGGUCAUCUCCUUCGUGCCCGUGCAGCUGAACUGGCACCGCGCGGAUGCAGCUGACCCGUCCGCGGAGGAUCCGGCGCCUCGCGGGCAGAGCGGCGUCGGCGGGAGCUGUGACUCCAGCUUGAGCCGCACGUACGCCAUCUCCUCCUCCCUCAUCAGCUUCUACAUCCCCGUGGCUGUCAUGAUCGUCACGUACACCCGCAUCUACCAGAUAGCCCAGAUGCAGAUCCGGAUGAUAUCCUCCCUGGAGCGGGCGGCGGAGCACGCGCAGAAUUGCCGCUCGAGCGUACCUGAGCUGUGCCCUCACCUGUGCACGGAAUUGGGCGCGAACUCAUAUCAGUCCCACAUCGGUGUUCAUCCCGAGUCUCAGCGCCCCAUGGAGUCGCACCGGGAGCUCAAAGUCUCCAUCCGAAGCGAGACUAAGGUCCUCAAAACUCUGGGCAUCAUCAUGGGGGUUUUUGUGUGCUGCUGGUUGCCAUUCUUUGUCCUGAAUUGCGCACUGCCCUUCUGUCCCGGGCCCAAGGCCCCGGGGUCCCGGCGCGGCCCCCAUUGCGUCGACGAGAAAACCUUCGACGUCUUCGUGUGGAUCGGCUGGAGCAACUCAUCCCUCAACCCGGUCAUCUACGCGUUCAACGCGGACUUCCGGGACGCCUUCGUGCGCCUGCUGUGCUGCCGCGGACGCGGCUGCUUGACCGCGGCGGUGGGGACGGCGAUGGCGAGCAACGAGGCCGGGCGCCCGAGGCGCGAGAGCCGGCUGAACGUGAAGCCGGACGCCUCCUGUGCCACGACGGUCAGAGGGAGCGAGGACAGCGGGAACACGCACGUGACCGUGUUGUACCACAGAGGUACCACAGCGGAGCAGGUGACGGACACCGAGGAGGGCCGCGACAACGGCGGACUCACGCGGAUACCGAUCUGAGAGACACCACGUGUGUGACGACACGGGACACAACAGGCGGACAAGGUGGGACGCGUGAGCCCCUGAUGCUGCAGGACAGGGAAGGAAACAAAGCUAAAUGUACCCCAGAGGUCAUCAAGGUUUACCAAAAAAAUGCUCCAUUUUAUAGAUUACAGGUUACCAAAUACCAGCAUCAUGUCUAUUUUUACCCCUUGUAAAUGAAAUCAGGUUAAAGAGAAACUUGGUAUUUGGCCCAUGUAGGACAGUGGAAGUCUCUGCUGUGCAGUGUGGGAACUAUUGUGUGCAUGAUCUGUUUUUGGUGGCAAACGAGUUUCCCCUCUGGGGAUUUAAAAAGCUUUUCUAAUCUAAUUCUAAUCUAAUCUAAAACUGGGACAGGUGCCACCCCCUUCCCCUCAUUUAUAGCAUUUAGAUUAGAGUCGUUGUUGUGCAUUGACUUUACAUUCACAUGUAACGUGCAUAUGUCAUUCUUCUCAUUCAGGUCAGGAUUUCUCUGAAUCAACUUGAAUUAUGUAACUAACUCCCACUAGCAACCGUCAGCUGUGCCAUUUCAUGUGGAUGCACUGUGC